GGUCUGGGAAGGGCUAAGGGGCUCGCCGCUGCCGAGAGCGCACUCGCUGCUCCUAGAAGUGUUGCCGCCUCGCGGUUCCUCGCUCGCCGCGCUCCUCGAAGGGGCGGCCGCCUCCAGGUGACACAGACGGGACUCCCGCUUGCGCUUUCCAGAUGCAUCAGAGAUACUUUUGGACUGACCAGGGCCAAGUGGCGUUUGGAGGGCACUUCAUGGCGGAAGGCGAAGCGUACUUUGCCAUGGCCGAGGAAGAGCUGGCCGGCGGCGCUUACAUCCCCCUGGGCGGCGACUUCGGCGGCGGCGGCGACUUCGGCGGGCACUGCCUGGACUAUUGCGAAAGCCCCACGGCGCACUGCAACGUGCUAAACUGGGAGCAAGUGCAGCGGCUGGACGGCAUCCUGAGCGAGACCAUCCCGAUUCACGGGCGCGGCAACUUCCCGACGCUCGAGCUGCAGCCGAGCCUGAUCGUGAAGGUGGUGCGGCGGCGCCUGGCCGAGAAACGCAUCGGCGUCCGCGACGUGCGCCUCAACGGCUCGGCCGCCAGCCACGUUCUGCACCAGGACAGCGGCCUGGGCUACAAGGACCUGGACCUUAUCUUCUGUGCCGACCUGCGCGGGGAAGAGGAGUUUCAGACUGUGAAGGACGUCGUGCUGGACUGCCUGUUGGACUUCUUACCCGAAGGGGUGAACAAAGAGAAGAUCACACCACUCACGCUCAAGGAAGCUUAUGUGCAGAAAAUGGUUAAAGUGUGCAAUGACUCUGACCGAUGGAGUCUUAUAUCCUUGUCAAACAACAGUGGCAAAAAUGUGGAACUGAAAUUUGUGGAUUCCCUCCGGAGGCAGUUUGAAUUUAGUGUAGAUUCUUUUCAAAUCAAAUUAGACUCUCUUCUCCUCUUUUAUGAGUGUUCAGAGAACCCAAUGACGGAAACAUUUCACCCCACAAUAAUUGGUGAGAGCGUCUAUGGUGAUUUCCAUGAAGCCUUUGAUCAUCUUUGUAACAAGAUCAUUGCCACCCGGAACCCAGAGGAAAUCAGAGGGGGCGGCCUGCUUAAGUACUGCAAUCUCUUAGUGAGGGGCUUUAGGCCCGCCUCUGAUGAGAUCAAGACCCUUCAGAGGUAUAUGUGUUCUAGGUUUUUCAUCGACUUCUCAGACAUCGGAGAGCAGCAGAGAAAACUGGAGUCCUAUCUGCAGAACCACUUCGUGGGAUUGGAAGACCGCAAGUAUGACUAUCUCAUGACCCUUCAUGGAGUGGUGAAUGAGAGUACGGUGUGCCUGAUGGGACAUGAAAGAAGACAGACUUUAAACCUUAUCACAAUGCUGGCUAUCCGGGUGCUAGCUGACCAAAAUGUCAUCCCUAACGUGGCUAAUGUCACUUGCUAUUACCAGCCAGCCCCCUAUGUAGCAGAUGCCAACUUUAGCAAUUACUACAUCGCCCAGGUCCAGCCAGUAUUCACGUGCCAGCAACAGACAUACUCCACUUGGCUGCCCUGCAAUUAAGAAUCACUUAAAAAUGUUCUGUGGGGAAGCCAUUUCAGACAAGAUAGGGAAAAUAAAUUCAUAAACAAAAAGGCUGAAUGACCCAAGUGACCCAGCCCUGAUUAAAAAAGUGUUUGGUGCAAUGAUGAUCUGCUCCUGGUUUUAAGUUUGGCAAAGCUUGUGGAUCUUUUCAUAGGUAUGGGAGCAUGAUCUCGAAACAACCCUCCUCAUCUGUUUCUCCUUCCCAAUUGGAUUCUAUCCUGGAACAAAAAGGCCUGUCAUUAAAAGUAGCCAGGUUCUCCUAAAAUAACAAGGGAAGAAAAUGCUUGAUGACAAUAUGGGUUUGCAGUACCUGCUCCCAUAGCUUUGCCAUAGGAAAAAAAAAAUGGAGAGUUUCUUAUAACAUGAAAUUCAUAAAAGGGAAAAUACAGAGGAAAAAAAGGUCUUACCCCAAUCUAGUUAUCAAUUCAGAACUUCAGAUAGUAACAAUAAUGGAAGAAGAAAGGGUACUCCAACAUUGGGAUUACUAUCUGAGACUUUUAGCAAGUGCUUUUGUGGAACCAUUCUAUUACACUAACAGAAACGGCUUGCUCCGAAUGAACAGUAGUAGGUUGGUGCAGCUCUCAUAAUAAACACCAGAACUUAUGAUGACAUAAUCCAUUAUUUCCAGCUGCAUGCAUAGCUUGCAUUUUUAAAAUGUGAAAAUGCAAGCAAAAACAGCUGUAGCAAAGAAAGUAUGCUCAAGGACCAAAGAUUUAACAAACAGAUAAAAAUACCCAAGUAGAAGAGAUAUAGUAGAAUAUAUAAAGAGUUACUAUAUUUGUUACACACCAAUAAACAUCAAAGUGCCUGUUGCCUUCUGAAAAUUUGAAGUGGAAAAAUUUUAUGGUUUAAUGAUUAUUUUAUCAGGGACUCAAGAAGAAAAUAAAACAACAUAUAAGCUUGUGAA